CAGUUCCGCUUUCUCUCCAAUCGAGAGCAGUUGUAGUUCGAAAAAUGAAGACCAUCAUUGGAAUCUGUCUCGUUUCGCUAGUGCUGUCAGCCCUCGCUGACAGGAAGAACUGUAGACUUAACAAACGUGAUAUCGUAGUCUGCGAAGAUUCCGGCGUUGUCACUCGAGUCGUUCACCCCGCCGAGCACCACAACCUCGUCCUGGAUUUGGAGGGCGACACAACCCUCGGGGCGGACGCCUUCAAGAACGUCAACAACUGGCAGCUCAAGCUGACUUUUCCGGAGGAAGGUUCGCCGCAUCUUCUGUCGCUGCAGCCGGGGUCCUUCCGCGGUGUCGGGUACACAACUAAUCUCUACAUUCGACACGCGAAUAUCUCUUAUACUGGUAAUCCGUGGGCUGAGCUUGGAGACCUGGAGAUUUUCAGGUGUGAGAGCUGCGGAUUCAGGGAAGUGCCAACGGAAAUGCUAGCGGCUUUUCCACAUCUGGAGGAGCUAGUUCUGGACAACAACCUGAUCGACACAAUUCCUCCAAAUGCAUUCAAAUCUUUGAAGAAUUUGACUAUUCUGAACUUGCUCAGGGAUGGAGCCAUCAGUCUGGGGCCUGAUUCCUUCAAUGGGCUAGACAAAUUGGAAGAGUUGACCAUUUCGGCGGAUUCUUUGACGUCCGCUCCCGGCGUCCUGGAGGGAUUGAAGAAAUUGGACACCCUCAAUUUAGUUGGGGAUCUCCGGAAUGACACGAGUCUGUCCGAUAUAUUGCGAGCUGUACCAACGCUCAAGGACUUUCAGCUGAAGCACAGUAACUUGGUUUCCCUGCAACCCGGAACAUUCAAUAAUAAUCGUCUGCGCAGCCUUUCUUUCCUCAACGACAGGCUGAGUAAAAUCCCUAAGAACGUGUUCAACGAUCUGAAGUCUUUGAAGGAGCUCACGUUCAUCAGCAAUCACAUUUCGGCGGUGGAGCCCGGCGCAUUCUCCGGUCUGAACCUUUCAAAACUCGUCCUGACAUUCGACUCAACCCUAGAUGUCAUCGAAAGUGAAACCUUCUCCGGCCUGACUGUUGAUUAUCUGAAGCUCUCGUACAAUAAAAUUGCGCAACUGAAGCCGAAAGCCUUCAAUGGUUUGACGGCGAGACGGGUGGUCACUUUGGCGGGGAAUGAGCUGACGAAAAUUGGUCCUGAAGAUUUCUUUGGACUCAGCACUAUAAUCUUGGAUGUGAGCAACAACAAUAUAACGGAAAUAGCGUCUGGGGCAUUCAAGAAUACGAAAGUUGAAAGUCUGUGGCUGAAGAGUGAUCUUGCGGCGAAGCCUAAUAGGGCUGACUGGGGACUUCCGGAGUCUGUGAAGAUUGAGUGCAAAUCGAUAUUCAUCACCGGUGGUACUGGGGGCAUAGGUAAGCUCCUGCUGGAGAAACUACUGAGAUGUUGUCCGAAAGUUGGAUGCAUUUAUCUGCUUGUUCGAGCCAAAACGGGAAAGAUGACGACUGAACGGUUAUCAAAUCUACUUGAUUCACCGGUGUUCGAUCGGCUUCGCCGCAGCGGUCCGAAUGUCUUCUCAAAAGUCAGGAUUGUGGAAGGAGACUUGACCCUCGCCGAUUUGGGCCUCUCCGAAGUGGACAAAAAAAUUUUGACAUCAAACAUUUCUAUCGUGUUUCAUUGUGCCGCUAAUGUUCGAUUUGACAUGCCCCUGGAGGAAGCAGUAGACAGUAAUGUUUUCGGGACUCGACGGCUUCUCAAACUCUGCCAGGAGAUGACCGAAAUCGAGGCAUUUAUACAUGUCUCAACGCUCUUCUCGACAUGCCACAACAAAAUAAUCGAGGAAUGCAUUCCCUCCAUCCCGGCCAUCAGCGGAGUAAUAGACUUCACCAAGAGCGAUGAUGAUCUCCUGAAGGCGAUACCUCCGGAGCUAGUGAGGAAGUGGCCGAAUACCUACACUUUUUCAAAAGCCCUGACAGAGAUAAUGCUGAAGGAUCUGCGAGGUAGACUACCUGUGAGUAUCGUUCGGCCGUCGGUCGUGCUGUCCUCCUGGAAGGAGCCGAUGCCCGGGUGGAUCGACAGUUUCUACGGCCCCACCUGGAUGAUUGUUAACGAAGCGUUAGGCAUUUUGAGAACUGCCGUGCUUGACAUCGAUAGAACAGCUCAUGGCAUUCCGUCGGACAUGGUUAUCAACCUGCUGCUCUGUGUGGCGCCUAAAACUAAGGACGAAGGACUGGAGAAGAUCGGGGUCUACAAUUUAUGCUCGGGCGGACGAAACCGUAUGGAUGUGAAGCUGCUGUUCCAGGAAACUCGGAAAACUUUCAGCACGUAUCCACUGAUGGCAGCGAUCCGAUACCCAAAUCUCACGCUCAGGAAGUCACGAAUCACUCACGCGAUCGCAUCUGCUGUGCAGCAUCGUCUCACUGCCUACGUCUUCGACCUCAUCGCCUUGUGUACUUUCAGAAAACCCAGGAUGUCCCGCAUUCAUGACUCGUUAUCCCGAAUUGCUAAGUACACGUCAUUUUUCGGCAUCAACGAUUGGACGGUCUUCGAUCAUAAUGUGGAGGGACUUGAUGCGGAGCUGAGUGAAAGGGAGCGGGAGAUUUUCUACUUUGACGUGGGGAAAUUUAGCUGGGAGUCCUUCCUCAGGGAUUAUGCACUGGGGAUAAGGAAACAUCUGAUGAAGGAGGACCUCGAUAAUUUGGGGGACGCGGUCGCAAGGAUGAAGAAGUUUGCCCCGAGUGGUUGUUCAUACCAUUGUCGACGGAGGAGUCUCGCCACCAUGAAGAGAGCGCUUGGCCUUUGUUUCCUCUUCAUACUGUCCGUGUACGGAGACAAAGUCUGCAGCGACGACGAGCCGGGCUUCAAAAUCUGCCAGGAUGCCGGAGUGCUCACAUCUGUCACCAAAACCGGAGACAACAAAGAGCUUUCUUUGCUACUAACCAGCGAUUUGACUAUCGGCCCUCAAGCACUGAAAGAUUUGGACAUCGAAGAGCUCAACCUGAGGUUUCACACGGAGGACAAGUUCAACGCGUCAACUUUCCACACUCUGAACGUGGGACCGGAGUCAUUCACGGGCUUGACCAACCUCAAGACCCUCCUCGUGGAAGCUGCGAACAUUAACGUGGAGGGAAAUCCGCUGGCCCCUCUCCAAAAACUGCAACAGUUGUCACUGGAGACCUGUGACAUAGACGAAGUGCCGACCGAAAUGCUGGCGUCACUGCCAAAUCUGGAAGAGCUGUCUCUCGGAGAGAACCGCAUAAAGACUCUCAAACCGAACGCCUUCACCGGCUUGAAGAAAUUGAAGAGCUUGGACUUGAGCAGGAACAGAAUGACUACCCUAGAGCCCGGCUGCUUCAACGGCCUCGACGAACUGAUCGCCCUGGAUCUUUCCCUGAACGACUUCACCGCCGUACCCACGGCUUUCAGCGGACUGAAGAAGCUGAAGCGACUCCAACUGAAUCACUGCUUCCCACUUCGCGACAUGGAGCCCCACGCGCUCAAGGACAUGCCGGGCCUCAGCAUUCUUGAACUCAAGUUCAAUGAGCUCAAGAGCUUGCAGCCUGGCAUGUUCGACGAAGCUCCAGACCUGAUGGUCCUGAACUUGGACGGCAACAAUAUUGACACAAUCCCGAAGGACGUCUUCAAUAAGCUGACAUGGCUGCAAGAACUGACGCUCGGUAGCAACGAUAUCACAGCCAUUGAACCCGGCGCGUUCUCCGGACUGAAUCUCCGAAUCCUCGAGCUCGCCUACAACAAAAACACGAAAACCAUCGAACCGGGAGUCUUCAACGAUUUGAAGACCGCACAUUUGAAUCUCGUGAACUGUGGUAUCUCUGAAAUUAAACCGCGAGCACUGAGUGGCUUAACCACGAUAUUCCUCGAUCUGAGUGGCAAUCAAUUGGAGAAGAUCGGGACUGAGGACCUGUCUGGGCUGUCCACGAGGUUCUUGGAUUUGAAGGAUAAUAAAAUUACUGAAAUCGUGCCUGAUGCUAUGAAGAACACCGACGUUACAAAUAUCGAUCUGAGCGGCAAUCCUGUGGAGAUUAAGGAUAAGGGGGCAUUAGGUUUGCCGGACUCCGUGGAAAUUCAGAAAUAAUUUUUUCAAGCUAUCCAAUUGUAGGAGAUCAUUAAUUCCAAAAUGUGAAUUAGGAUUUUUCACCUGCUUUUCCCUAUCCCACAGCAAUUCCCACUUCGAACCUUAUGUUUUCACCCAACCAUUAACCUUAAAGGUUCAUGUGAGUAAAAGCCCGAGGGCUGAAACCAUGUGAACUAGCCGCAAGUUAGCAGUGUACUCUGCUGCCUUGUUGUAUCAUUGACGUCAAUAAAAAUCUGUAAAAGCUGAAGUUAAUUCCAAAAUAUAUCAAGAUGCAUUUUA